GAUGAUGAAGUCGUGAUUGUGAAGCCUCAUUCUCUUUAAUGGAAGCCAAAAGAUUUGUAGUUAACUCUAUUUCGCCCUUUUUUCUCUUUCCUUAUCUUUGACCUGUGCCGUCAGCAACUAUGUCACACCAAACCCCAGUCCUGCAAGCUCACGCCAAACUGCCUGUUAAAUAGCCCCGUCUCUGCACAGAAAUGCAGCCAGGAGAAAGGGAAGAAACUAUAUAUAGCUAACCCCUCCAUUGCUGGCCACUCCACAAGGUUUGCUGCACUAGGCUGCAACGAGACAUGUCUGCAAGGAGGGCUGCUUCCUCCCUUCUCUCUCGCCGCCUGAUCGCGAGGCCUCCUGCCGUCUCCUCCGCUAGCGACUCCGCUCCUCUGGGAGCAGGCUCAGCAAGGGGAUUAUUGCCUGGAGCAAUUCACAGAUUCAGUGCUGCACCGGCGGCCGCCGCGGCGGCCACGGAGGAGCCGAUCCAGCCACCGGUGGAGGUGAAGUACACCAAGCUCCUCAUCAACGGCAACUUCGUCGAUGCGGCAUCGGGGAGGACGUUCCCGACGGUGGACCCCCGCACCGGCGAGGUCAUCGCCCGCGUGGCCGAGGGCGAUGCGGAGGACAUCAACCGCGCCGUCGCCGCCGCGCGCCGGGCCUUCGACGAGGGCCCGUGGCCGCGGAUGACAGCCUACGAGCGGUGCAGGGUGCUGCUGCGUUUCGCGGACCUGAUCGAGCAGCACGCGGAGGAGAUCGCGACGCUGGAGACGUGGGACGGUGGGAAGACGCUGGAGCAGACGUCGGGGAAGGAGGUCCCCAUGGUGGCGCGGUCCAUGAGGUACUACGCCGGGUGGGCCGACAAGAUCCACGGCCUCGUCGUGCCGGCGGACGGGCCGCACCACGUGCAGGUGCUGCACGAGCCCAUCGGCGUGGCGGGGCAGGUCAUCCCCUGGAACUUCCCGCUGCUCAUGUUCGCCUGGAAGGUCGGCCCGGCCCUCGCCUGCGGCAACACCGUCGUGCUCAAGACCGCCGAGCAGACGCCGCUCUCCGCCCUGUUCGUCGCCAACCUGCUCCACGAGGCUGGGCUCCCAGAGGGUGUUCUCAACGUGGUCUCCGGCUUUGGCCCGACGGCCGGCGCCGCUCUCUCCAGCCACAUGGGCGUCGACAAGCUUGCAUUCACCGGGUCGACGGGCACGGGCAAGAUUGUGCUUGAACUGGCCGCGAGGAGCAACCUUAAGCCGGUGACGCUGGAGCUCGGGGGCAAGUCGCCUUUCAUCGUCAUGGAUGACGCUGAUGUCGACCAGGCCGUCGAGCUUGCUCACCGCGCGCUCUUCUUUAACCAGGGGCAAUGCUGCUGCGCGGGGUCACGCACGUUCGUGCACGAGCGCGUCUACGACGAGUUCGUGGAGAAGGCCAAGGCUCGGGCUCUGCAGCGUGUGGUGGGCGACCCCUUCAGGAGAGGCGUCGAGCAGGGGCCUCAGAUCGACGGCGAGCAAUUCAAGAAGAUCUUGCGGUACGUCAAGUCGGGCGUCGAGAGCGGCGCCACCCUCGUGGCCGGCGGCGACAGGGCGGGCAGCAGGGGCUUCUACAUCCAGCCGACCGUCUUUGCAGACGUCGAGGAUGAAAUGACGAUCGCCCAGGAUGAGAUAUUCGGGCCGGUGCAGUCCAUCCUCAAGUUCAGCACGGUGGAGGAGGUGGUGCGAAGGGCGAACGCGACGCCGUACGGGCUGGCGGCGGGGGUGUUCACGAGGAGGCUGGACGCGGCGAACACGCUGGCGCGAGCGCUGAGGGUUGGGACGGUGUGGGUGAACUGCUACGACGUGUUCGACGCGGCCAUCCCGUUCGGCGGCUACAAGAUGAGCGGCGUCGGCAGGGAGAAGGGCUUCUACAGCCUCCGCAACUACCUGCAGACCAAGGCCGUCGUCACGCCCGUCAAGGACGCCGCCUGGUUGUGAGCUGCUGCGAUCCUUUCUCUUCGCCGUCGCCAUGGCACCAUCCCUGUCAGUCAGCCUUCCUGAUGUCUCUGAAUAACGUCAGAGAUGUGAUACACCUAAGAUCGCGAUGAAUAAUGGUUAAACCGGUCGAUUUUUGUACAA